AUGUCCGUACCAUCAACACAAGACUCAUCUGGCGGCCUUCGACGACGCUCUGCGGAUUCCAAAGAUACAACUGGACGUGAUGGCACAUACACAAGCGGAGAGCUGGUGACUUCUGAGAAAAGCACAUCGAGGAAAGCUGAAGACCGAAUCUCUCAUCAACCGAAUUCUGCCGCGACCGCAAAUCGACUUGUGCCUCUGAUAUUUAUCAUCAUUUGUAGUUUCGGUCUUUCUUUACUCCUUCGAGGGCGGUUUUCUGCUCUUCCGAAGACAUAUGCACUGUGUUCAAAACAAGGAAAUAUUUAUACGGUCGAUGCAAGUACCCCUCGAGCAGAGUGCAUCGUUGUUCACGAGUCCCGUAUCUUAUCAGUUGGUACACUUGGCAUGCUCGCAGAGAAGUUCAAGGCAUUCAAGAGUGGUUUAAAAUUCUAUUUCGUUGAGCCAGGUCAUAUCGUUGUCCCUGGUCUAGCAGAUUCCCAUGCCCAUCUCCUUGAGCAAGGGUUCAAGAUGGAGUUGGAUAAACUAAGCCAAUACAAUUGCACCAAAACUUGUUCAGAGGUAAUUGAGAAAGUGAAAAACUACGUUAAGAACCGCCCAGACUUGUUGAAGGACAGGGGUUUAUGGAUACAGGGGGACGGAUGGGAUCAAACAAAAUGGCCUGAGAGAGAAUUUCCAACGGCGGCUGAAUUUGAGGCAGAUCCUCUUCUUCGAGGUCGCCCGAUACGGUUACUUCGAGUUGACUACCACGCAGUAUGGGUGUCUCAGAAGGUGAUUGACGAAGCUGGCAACCUUCCACAAGACGUCCAAGGUGGACUGAUCGUCCGGGAUGAGAAUGGCAGUCCUACAGGUAUAUUUGUGGACAAUGCGAUGGACAUCAUCAAGGUACCGGAAUGGACGGAGAAGCAAAUGCUUGACUACUAUUUUUCGGCGGUGAAGGAGGCGCUGUCUUACGGCCUUACUUCGAUACACGAUGCAUGGGCUUUACCGCGUACCAUAGAAUUUUUCAAAAGGGUAGCCGAUGCGAACAAACUUCCGCUGCGGCUCUAUCUUAUGCGUGCUAUUAAUUUGCUUGACUACCGAGGCGAGCAGAUCGAGCGUUUCGUGAACUAUGGACCUGCGGGAAGACUCACGUUGCGCAGUAUCAAAAUGAUGAGCGACGGCUCGCUGGGCUCGUGGAGUGCUGCGCUGAUGGAACCCUACACGGAUAAGCCUGAGACUCGAGGGUUGUUGCUGGCUUCCCCCGAAAGACUAUCAGACGUGAUCACCGACUUCUGGAAUUCUGGCUUCCAAACAAAUAUCCACUGCAUCGGUGAUUUAGCCAACAAUGUCGUUCUGGAUAUCUUCGAGAAGCUACUGCGAGAUAAUUCAAGCGCAGCAGAGCACAGACCUCGCAUCGAACAUGCCCAGAUCAUGACUCCGUCGGAUUUGGAGCGCACAGCACGGCUCGGAGUGAUUGCGAGUGUGCAGCCGACCCAUGCCACGACCGAUAUGUGGUAUGCUGAGUCACGAUUGGGGCCAGAACGAAUCAAGUCAGCCUACGCUUACAGAACACUCCUACAAAACUCCGAGGCCCACGUUCUGCCUCUUGGCUCAGAUUUCCCCGUCGAGAGCGUGAACCCGUUGCUCGGCUUUUACGCGGCUGUGACACGCCUCUCGGAGUCAGGAGACUCCCCGCACGGAACUGACGGAUGGUUCCCCUCCGAACGUCUAACCCGCUCCGAAGCCCUAAAAGGCAUGACCCUCGACGCCGCCUACGCCUCCUUCAACGAAGACCAAAUCGGAUCGCUCUCCCCAGGGAAGCACGCUGAUUUCGUCGUACUCGAUACCAACAUCAUGACCGUCCCCUUUCCCCAAAUUUUACGAGCUAAAGUCAUGGCAACUGUGGUGGAUGGGAGACCUGUUUAUGGGAAACUUUGAUUGUCUGAUUGUCUGAUUGAAUUAUUUUGAUCUUUUUUUUUGAUUUUGAUUUUUUGAUUAUCCUGACUGUAGGGAUGGAGCAACGGAGGUUUUUAUUUUUACCUUGUUACGGAUCCGAAGUCGAUUUAUAGCGUUCAUCAAGUCAAGCAAUCAAAGGAGAAAGGAAUCGGGAAAGUCCGAAAUGUGUAGUCUGUAGAUGCCAUUUGUGAUGAUACAUGGUAUGCUUCGUUUAAUAAUAAAAUACAACUAUGUGAGAUGC